AUGAAAUUGAAUGCUAUCACGAGUGGUGCAGUUGCUAGCGCUAUUCUGGCAAUCAGCGCCUCCGCAGCCCAGAUUACCAAGGGCCUAUCGAAAAAUGCGCAGGGACUUUUUGACUGGUCUAUGGAAGUUAAUGACUUGCGUUGGGACAGUUCGUACAAGUACAUCUGGUAUGCCGAUAAUGGACCUUGGUCAACUCGAUUUACAGCUUGGCAUACUGCUGGUCUGCUGUACCGAAAUAAAGGGCAGGAUCUGACCAAUGCAAAAGCGGCCAUUGAGAACAUCCUAGCAUGCCAGAUGACUGAGAGCUAUGAGUCGGCCUGGUACGGCACAUUCAAGCGUUCACCGGACGAGCCGUACCCUACCCCGGAUUCUGAGCUCUACCCGCCAGAUAUCUACAAUACGUAUGAUCCAAAUUGGAGAGAGUUCAUUGGGACGCAGCUUGUGCAGAUUGUCGAGGAAUUUUCCGAUUUGCUCGGAGACCAUCUCGUAUCGCGCAUUGAAGAUAGUCUGGAGAUCGCCACUGUCGGAUCUAUGCGGCGUAAUGGGUCGUACCCGGAGGGUGACAACUUGACGCCUGCUUACUCCAACCCUGCUAUCAUGCGCGCGUGGUACGUUUCCUGGAUUGGCGCGCGUCGUAAUAAUCAGACUUUCAUCAGCUAUGCCAAUGAUCAGGCUGACGCGAUUUUGGAGCUCUUCAAAUCCACUGGCUCAAAUGUAUUGUCCGAAUACAAUGCACCCACCUAUUACGGAAUGGAUGUAUGGGCGCUCGCUGGUGCUAUCAAAUACGGGCCCUCGAAUGCCACCAUGACCAAGAAUGCCAAGGUUAUCCUAACAGACUUGUGGGAAGAUAUCGCGGCUCAUUACAACCCUUAUCUUGCCAACAUGGCAGGGCCGUAUGAUCGAGCCUAUACACGCGAUAUGACCACCAGCUCGGCUGUUAUUGACUAUUUGUGGUGGGGUCUAUACGGCUAUGGCAACGGACCGCAGCCUAACAAGCUCGAAACAAACCUGUUAUACGACGUCACACAGGGCGCAGCGCUGGCCCUCAUUGUGGAUGUUGUUGCGGAUCAUAUCUCCAACGAAAAUAACUCAUGGCUCCAGUCCCGGGAACAGUGGAGUGGGGAGCGUAUGAUCACGAAAAAGGUCCCCGACGCGCUCGGUGCCGACGCUGAGGUCCGAACUGUCACGUCGUGGAUCAGUGCUCCGCUCAUGAUCGGGGCUGAACAAGUCAAUGAGACUGUUAAUCGGGGCGAGCAUGAUCAGGACCACACGCCCUACCCGUACAUGUCCUUUUUCACCCUCUACCCGACGGCAUCCACGAUUGAUGCCGUUGCCGCACCCAACAGUCUGGAGAUAUCCUACCCCAACACGACUCAAGAGGGGUCCGAUAUUUUCACUUUUGCACUAGCACAACUGCCACCAAGUUGGACUCUGGUCAAAAAGAAGGUUGUUAGCGGUCUCGAAGACUUGCCUUGCCUCGAUGUCACCAUCAGCGCCGAGGGGCUGGAGAAGCAGCCGGCCAUUUACGGCACUACUAUUGAGAAUAACCGGGUGUACAACAUCUCCUACAUUGUGCCUUCUACCUUCACGGGCACGCCUAAAGUGUCGUUCAAGUUCAAGUACACUUGUUAA